UCCUUUUUGAUGCCUUAAGAUUUCUCAAGAAGGGCUUGCAAAGAAGUUGCAAAUUUAUUCGGAUUUCAUAGAAUGGUUUGAAACAAUAACAUUGAGUUUUCAAUAUAUUAUAAAUCAUAUUAUAGCCAUUCUCUGUAAUAUGGAGGAUUCAACUCGCGUUAAAACCGAAGUCGAAUCCACUUACUCAAAUAUCAUAUACAAACAAUCCCCAUCCAGAGAUGAAGAUAACGCGUGCACCCCGCUGCGUGAUGAAGGUGGCCACUCGCCCCUCGGACAGGAGUCAGUUAAUGCUAAUGGCGCCGCUAGUUGGGAAAGCGAUGGUGAUGAUCAGAACUUUACAGCGCCGCCGCCACCGUCAGUGCAGCAUGAGAUGUUCCUGGUGCGGAGCCCGCAAUAUGAUUAUUGCCCCACGCCAUUGAGAGUAGUGGCCACAGUUGAUCCGGAGCCGGCAGAAACUCAACGUGAAUAUGAAGAACAUGGAAAUUCGGAUUUGCUGAGCGAUGACAAAGAAAAUUCAAAAGCGCUGACUGUUGUGAAAAAGGAGGAGCGCAGAGAACUACAAUUGGGCUUUCUUGAUAUCCUGUCGGAGACAGACUUUCAAGGCGUUUUAGAUGAAUCUUAUAGCCAUGUAGAUCAACUCGAUCAAAUGGAUCUUGAGCCGCCAAAUGCAGAUAACGAUGAAGAGCAGGCGCUGCAAGACCGUAUCGAGCAGCGGCAAAAGGAGCUUGAAAGCUUAGAGCGAACAACUACCGAGAAGAAGCGAAAAAAACAUAAGAAGGAAAAGAAAAAUGAUAGCCAUAAAAAGCGACGUCGCAGUCGCAGUGGCAGUAAUAGCCCAAGCUCACAUAAAAGCCGUAAGGAGCGACGAGUACAGGAGCCUGAUCGAUCCAGAGGAUCAAGAUUAGGUUCCAGGUCCGUCAUAAAAACUGAGCCCGAUCAACUGGACUAUGUGCCAGUACGGACCGAGGAGAAGAGCAUCAAGGUAAUCAACAUCAGCAAACUAAAGCAAAAAGCACCAGAGCCAACACCAGCUCCGCUAACAAUUCAGGAUAAGCGUCGCCGGGGCGUGGAGCGAGCAAAGAAAGUGCUACAGUUAAUGGAUCUCAAGGAAUCCAAGGCACCGAAGACCGAAUUCCUAGUGGUCAACACCAUUCGGAAACUACCCAAACUAGGUGGGUAUAUGAGCAGUUAUGUAUUCGAGAAUCCCUCGCCGCUGUGCAACAAUUUCAAUGUUAGAUAUAAGUUCAACUCGACAUCCGUAUCGAAUAUCAAUUUAAAGAAGUGGGGCCUGGAGCCGCUGCCCGAAGCGACAAGGGAGCUGUUGCGUCUAACCGGAAUUAAUGUGACACAAUUGAUGGAUCUACAAAAGAACUCGAAGAUGACCAUUCAGAAGCUCAGAUUCACGCAUCAGAAGGAGAACGACAACAGCAGCAAGAUAGAGGAUGAAUCGGUAUCUACCGGUCUGUACAAAAGUGCAUCAACCCAGACGGAUUCCCGGAUGGUGAACCACGGUCGGAAUAUUGGUGUUCAGGCUGUUCCUCCAUCGCAUGAAGGCGUCUAUUGGUUGAAUCCUCGCUUCAAUGAUUCGGACCUAACGCAACAGCAAACUAACGUGUUGCUGGCACUGAAGGAGCUUACCGCCUCGCCUCCCAGCUCAUCCUUGUGGGCCGAUCGUAUAUUCCGAGAACUGCGCAAUGCCUUGGCGAUCAAGCGCGUCGAGGCCAAACAAUUGAAACAAUGAUCAACUUAUUAUUGCCAAAGCAUAACCACUGCAAACGCAUUGUGGAAAAACGAUUCGAUUUUAAAACUUAUUAAACAAGAGCUUGGAUAAACAGAUUUAUGUUUUCCCAUCAAUUACUUCAGUAAUAUAUAAAGUGCAAAUACACGUAUCCAGACCAAAGAAACGUGAGGCCAAA